AUGCAUAUCAGUUCUGAUAAAUCUACAUAUGGCAUGAUUCGUUCAGAGCAUACGCAACUUAACGGUGUGCCGGUGCUGAAGAGUAUCCUGGUGACUGGCGGUGCUGGCUUCAUCGGCGGCUGGUUCGUCCGUCAUCUGUUGCAGACUUACGGCAACCGUUAUUUGGUAACUUGCUUCGAUAAUCUCGACUAUUGCGCCUCAAUGAAUAACUUCAAGGCUGUUGCCCAGUCUUCGAACUUUUAUUUUAUCAAAGGGGAUGUCUGCGCUCCCAGCGAUGUAGAAAAUGUGCUCCGCAACUACCGUAUUGAUUCUAUUAUCCAUUUCGCUGCUAGGUCUUUCACACAAACCAAUGUCAUAGGCACCCAGGUACUGCUAGAAGCUGCUCGGAAACACGGCUCGAUCAGACGAUUUAUUCACUUGUCCACUGAUGAGGUGUACGGUGAGAAUGAUGCUCAAAAUCCUUCUGCCUUCACCGAGGAGCAAAGUCUGCACCCCACAAACCCAUACUCAGCGAGCAAGGCCACGACCGAGAUGAUCGCCCAGGCAUAUCGAAAGUCGUUCCAUAUGCCAGUCAUUAUAGUGAGAUGCAAUAACGUAUUCGGGCCACAUCAAUAUCCUGAGAAGCUGAUCCCGCGAUUCAUCACCCUCUUGAGCCAAGGGAGAAGAAUGCCGAUCCAUGGAGACGGUCGCACGUCUCGGGCAUUUCUAUGGGCGGGCGAUGCUGCAGAGGCACUUGACGUGAUCUUCCACAUGGGAACUGACGGUGAGACGUACAAUAUCUCCUCUAACGACCAUUUACAGGUCCGAGAGGUGGCGGAGAAGAUCUUUCGAAGCUUCUAUCCCGAUGGGACCCAUGGUUUAGACAACUGGAUUGAUCUUGUUGCAGAUCGUCCGUUCAAUGAUAGUAUGUACUGGACCGACGAUUCCAAACUGCGUGCGCUUGGAUGGAGACAGCGGACGAACUUUGACGAGGCGCUACGGAUGACUGUCGACUGGUAUUGUCGGGACAGCGAGGGCUUUUGGCCAAAUUGGCCACUUCCCAACAGCCUGGUUAUUAUGGGUCUAGAAAACCGACAGAUGGCUGGUCGAUCAGGGGCGGCUUUGGCAUAA